AUGACUUCCGCGACAUUAGUAGACCUCCCGGCCGAGCUGCUUCAUGAUAUCUUUGGAUAUAUAGGCUGGAAAGAGGUCAUAAACUCUUCAAGAUUGAUAUGUAAAAAAAUAAAAGGUGUCGUCGAACGAGACUACUUCUGGCAAAAACGUCUCGAAGAUGCCAUCCAGCUCCCAUACAGUCUCAGCAACCUUCCGCGGUUCAAAGAUGUCCCGACAAUGCGGCUCUUCCUCUCAGUCACCAAAGCCCGCACCUACACCUGGGGAGAAAACGCUCUCGGUAAGCUCGGCCACUCGUAUCCAAUCGCCGCUAGUUCAAGAAGCCACAGAGGCAUUGGGAUCCCGCUGGAGAUUAGAACUUUGCGAAAUGUUUUUGUCGUAGAUAUUAAGGCUGGCGGUUGGAGUACUCAUUUCCUCACUUUCGAUGGCGAGGUUUAUAGUUACGGGUCGAUGACUGGGCAGCGUGGGUUUAGGCAGCCUGAUAAUUCUGAGCAUGCCAUUAAGAUGAUGAUUGAUACCCCCAUCGCACGCAUCUCUGCCGGCCGUAACCACCUCAUCGCUCUUGAUGUAGAGGGUCAAAUUUACUCUUAUGAAGACCUUCAUAACCCUCCCAAACGAAUCAAUUUUAUGGAGAGCUGGAUUAUUAAAUCGGAUCCGUACUCAAGCUCCACUGAAGUUGGAAAAGUUAGGAAGGUUGUGGGUGGGUGGGAUUGUAGUGGUGCAUUGGUAUAUGGACAUGGCCUUCUCAUCUGGAAGCAUGAUAAAAGGAUCUCCGGUACCAAUGGCAUAGGCGAGGAUGGUAGGCUUGUCCAGGAGAGCCUAAUUACACCACCUAUCCUUGAUCCGCAGGAACACCAAAGGACAACUAUCCUAGAGCGCGAAAAAGAAAUCAUUGAUUUCAUUCUUAUUGAAGGUUUUGUUGUUUUUGUAACUGCGGGCGGCAGGGUUUACUGUAUAGAGGAGAGGGACGGAGUCCCUGUUUUACCACCAGUCUUUCUUCCUCACUUUUCCGUGCACGAACCCACGGAUGAGGAGAUCCUUGAUCUAAAGGGAUAUAGGAAUAAGAAGGCUGACCGCAUCUCGGGGUUUUUCAAGAAGUUUGCGGUUUACAAUAGGAAUGGACUUGUCCAUGUGGGGGAUACCGACCUUCUCAGAAGAGCUGUUCAAAACAACUGUCGACCAGAAGUUCCAGUUCCUGAGAAAGACGAAAUAAGACCACUAGCCAUUCCCAGCCUCAACAAAUUUGGCACAAUUGCUCAGAUAGUUUUUGGCGACUACCACAGUCACGCAGUCACACAGGACGGAAAAUUACUGUCUUGGGGUGUAGAGAGUCAGAAUUGCGGAUGCCUUGGGAUCGGGGAUCUUAGAGAAGCGGAACGUAGAGGUGUGGUAUGGCAUUGGCAGAAUGGGACUCUUGAUGAAGCUGCAGAAGUGUUCUUCCAGGACCCGCCACAUCCUAAAAGCUGUUAUCCACCCAGAGGGGAAGAUGAGAAAUUGGAAGGCACCGAAGAAGAUGUGCGCCUGGACAGGAGAGAAUAUUGUGUUUUGGGGGUUUCGGCAGCUGGAUGGCAUUCGGCUGCGCUUGUUCUCCCUGUUACCGAUGAUUUACUCUUCGGAACUGAACCCGAGGAACGCACUCCCGAUGCUCAGGAAUCCUCAAACCGUGACCUUGAGGUUGAUGUAAAUACGUUGGCGCCGCCCUUCGUGGGUCAUGGAGGCAUCGAAGGUGUCUCAAGCGCCGCGAGAGGUAUGAGGGGUGGAUUGAGGGGUAGGAUCGGAGCGAGGCGUGUUAUGAGGGGUGGGUUUACCAGUGGAGUUUCUUCUAGCGGCGUGCGUGUGACGGGGCUAGACGAAGAGAUGAGACAGGGAACUCAAGAGCUGUCCCGCGCAGCUGGUGCGAGAGAGCCUGAAGAUGAUAGGCCUCUUAGGGUUCGUAGACAACAGCCUCCGGCGGAAUAG